CCAAAUGGACAGUAAGAGCAUAAGCCUGUCAGAAGAAAUGGUCUUGCGAUUUACACAUUGGAAAAAAAUGUUGUUAAUGUUGUUUCUGAUUGCCUGUAUAAUGUUGUGUGGUCAUUCAAAAAAAGAAACCAUUCAAAUGGAAUUUGGGAAGAACAUUUCUCUCAUUUGUUCAAAUCAUACAUGGAGUGAACUAAUCAUGCAAAAAUGGACCAUUUGGAAGUUAGGCGUAGGGAAUUGUGAUAUUGCUGUGCACUAUAAUGGGACUAUGGUAAACAACUGUACAAACAACCCAGUUUAUGUAAACUCCAUUAAUCCACAUCUUUCAAUAUCUAACUUUGAAUCUAAUUAUGUUGGAAAAUAUUCCUGUGAAUAUACUUUCAAUGGAGGAACAGAUAAGAUAGACUACUAUUUAUGGGGACACAAAGGUACCUCUGAGAAUAAUAACUUCAGUCUUACCACAUAUCUUUCUGUAGGCGCUGGUGUUCUCGUGGCCUUUCUUAUUUUUUUGGUUUUGAUGAGACUCUACUGCAAAUCAAAAUUAUUGGAAAUGAAGCAGUCCAGACAAAAUCAGGAAUUACAAGACUUUGAGCCUUACUCAGUCUACACAGAGAAAGUGAAUGUUGUCUAUGAAAGAUAAGAUGAUGAAAUAACUGCACGAAUCCAGUUCCUGGGAAGUACUGUGCCGGAAAAGUGUAUUGCCUCUGUCCAUUAAAUGUUUCAUAAUACAGUAUGAAUGUACAUAUAUACUAUUUAUGAGUAACAGACUGUGAAUUUUAAUUAAUAAUAAUUUUACAUUGUGUUCAGAGUGAUGGAAUUAGAAUUUGACAGAGAUGACCAAUUUGACAAUGACACAAAUAGAUUAUUGGAUGAGUCUAAGCACACCUUAGUACAGGCAGUAUACAUUCUAGUAAAGACUGUGGUGCUACAGUUGGAGACAGGCCUUAUUGAGAUAAAGUGAGUUUAUGAAUAAACAUUCCACACAAAAAGAAUAAACAUAGCUCACUAUGUUCAAAAGAAGCUCAUUCUGCCACAAGUGAAAUUUUGUCAGGCCAUAAGCGCAACAAGCAAUGGAUUAGAAGAUGAAAUUGGGAGUAAAAAAAAAUUGGCUGAGGUCAUAACCAGAAAGACAAAUGUUGUUUGACAAACACAAUCUACAAAGGAAAAUUCAAAGUCCAGCAGCCAUACCACAUGCACUUCAGAAGUAAUCCACCUGAAGCUAAGCAUGGUUCAGCCCAGCCAGUACUUGGAUGGCAGACCAACCAAGAAAAGCUUGGGUUGAUACUAGAAGAGGUUUUGGUGAGUCCAAUGGGAGCGCUGAUUAUGGGAGCGCUGAUUGUGGAUCCCAAUGCCCCAGUACAUUGACAAGGACACAGAGAGGUUAGGAGCACGCACUGAUACAGUGCAUUGCCGC